AAUCUCUGUUAGGGGUGUAUCCUGGUCCUGAAUAGAAUGCAGUACAAAUAGAGGGUUACCUCAGUGUCGGUCACUUCCUGCUUUUUGUCUGUAAGCCAUGGUAGCAAAGGACAGGAACCAGGAACCGCAAGUUAAAAGACAUUGUGGGUGUCAAACAUCAUCCUGACUGAGAAAAAAAAAUGCAAUGAUGCGAUGCUGAUGAAGUUGGAGGAGCCUCAACACGUGCCUGGUCCCGUGCUGCAUCAUCGUCUGUCUCAUCUCUCUUUUCUCACUUCCUCCAUACUAUCUUACUCCCCUACGCUCUCUCUCUCUCUCUCUCUCUCUCUCUCUCUCUCUCUCUCUCUCUCAGUAUCGCCAUCAACUUGUCGCCUCUCUCUGUGUGUCUCUGUUUAUCGUGCCAGUCAGUCUAGACUCUCCAGAUACUCUCCGACUGGUCCCGACCGGGUGAACCCACGAACACGACACGCAAUUCCUCGUUUCUUAUCCCCCCCACAACUUUACGGCUUGUUCUCCCAUUGCUCUGACAGGCAUGUAAGACUUGCGAUCGUCUUGUUCCUACUCUACCGAGAACCACCUCUUUUUGAUCCAGUUUUAUUCUGCCUUUUGCUCAAUCGCUUCAACCCGUUCAGCCCCUUCCCCUUUUCGAUCCCUCUGACUUUCAACGGCCGCCUUACGACCGCCACUACCAACCUCCGUCGUUCCCUUCGUUGUCUUCUCCGUCUCAUACCUUCGCCGUCGCUACCGUUUCCUCGAAUUUCCCCUCGGUUCUCCUCGAUUCUCGCAAUGCUAUCGUCCCGCUAAGAUCCUCGCGCAAAAUAUCCCGUCUGUAUCGCUUGUGACACCACGAUUCCGGAGUACAAUUAUACUGCACAGUAGGAGGAUCUCGCUGGCAUUGAACACAAGAAAACAAACAACCACCUACGACCCACCUC